AUGGGGGAAACAGUGGGAAUAUGUGGGAAACGGGAUUCCCUGGUGCGGCUGCCCCGGGGCCUGCAGGGCCGGGACAGGGCCGGCCUGCAGCCCUGCAGCUGCGCGGUGCAGACGCUGAAGGCGAUGCUGGCGCGGGCCGGGAACGACGACGUCGUCCAGGACGUGGGAAGCGCCGGGGGCUGGGAAUUGAUGGAAAUUCCCGAGCGGCACCACGACGGAAUCGCCCUCCUGGCCAGGGCGAUGGCUCGGCUCUGCGGGCCCCGGCUGCCGCCGAUCGUCCGGAGCCUCAUCCCGGUGCUGGGAAGCGCCUUGGAAUGCCAGAGGGUGACCAGCAGCGCCUUCCUGGCCGAGCUCCUCAACCACAACGUGGUGAACGACCUGGUGCUGCUGGAGCCGAUCCUGGACGCGCUGAAGGCUCUGGAGAAGGAUUCCUGCCUCCUGGUGCGGGUCCUGGCGCUCCGCGGGCUCGGCAACGUGGCCUCGGGAUCCCCGGAACAGAUCCGGAGGCACGGCUCGCAGCUGCUGGCCUCCAUGGUCAACGGCAUGGACGACAAGGACGAUCCCAACAAUCUGCUGGCGCUGGAGGCCAUGUCCAGCCUCUCCAAAAUCCUGGAUCACCUGGAAGAGCGGGACGUGCAAUCCAUGCUGCUCCGUGUCGCCAUCCGCAUCCGGCCCUUCUUCGACAGCGAGCACGCGCAGCUCCGGCACUCCUCCAUCCUCCUCUUCGGGAACCUGUCCCGCUUCAGCCGCUCCGACUCCGAGGUUUUCUCGGAGCAGAUCCUCAACGGGCUCGUGACGCUCCUGCUGCACCUGCAGGACCCCCAGCCCGACGUGGUCAAGGCGUGCAAGUUCGCGCUGAGGAUGUGCGGGCCCAGCCUGGGCUGCGAGGGGCUCCGGGAAAUGUUCGGGAAUCACCUGCGGGAAGAGCGGGGGCUGCACUACGGGGAGUUCAUCAACGACGCCGCCAAGUUCCUGAUGCGCAGCCACCCCGCGCUCCUGAGCCGCCUCAUCUCCACCAACCUCUUCUACUUCAAGAGCCCCUGGCGGGAGCUGCGUGCGGCGGCGGCCAUGUUCGUCGGGUUCCUGGUGCUCCACAUGGACGAGGAGCAGGGCCAGCAGGUGGACCUGGACCAGCUCAUCUCCGCCCUGCAGUUGCUCCUCAAGGAUCCGGUUCCCGCUGUGAGGGUCAAGGUGGCCGAGACCCUGGGACGCCUCGUCCGCCUCCUCUGAAUCCCAGAAUUCCCGGAAUUCCCGAAAUUCCCGGGAAUUCCCAGCUCUGAGACCCCGGGAUGCCUCACCUGCCUCCUCUGAAUCCCGGAAUUCCCAAAAUUCCCGGGAAUUCUUGGGAAUUCCCAGCUCCGAGACCCCGGGAUGCCUCAUCUGCCUCCUCUGAAUCCUGGAAUUCCCAAAAUUCCCGGGAAUUCCGGCUCUGCUCAGCAAUACCCCGGGGCAUCCCAAUCCAUGGGAAAAGUCUUCCAUCACCUUCAUCCUCAAGGGGCAAAGAAAAGUGGAAAAACGGCCGGAAUCCGGGAUGGGAUCCGUUCCCACCCCUCCAUCCUCCAUCCCCCAUCCCUCUCUGCUGCUUCCCGGUGGAUAACGGGAUCCGUUCCCAAAAUUCCCACCGGGAAUUCCCUCCUGUACAGAGACCGAUUUUUAAAUAAAGCUUCUGG